AUGGUUCAUUCUACCAAUGAUGUUUCUACUUGCCCGUAUGGUUGCUGCCAUACCCCCAGCAUUUCGGAACAUUUGUUUUUAAACGGACUAGUGAGAGGCGACCAUUACGAUGUCAUUAUCAGAGCUUUCGGAAAGAAGUACAAGUUACAUAAACUUUUCCUUGACCGAAGUCCAUAUUUUAGAUCUCUAUUUUCUUGGUCUACCAGCAUGAAAAGUCAUGCCAACACAAUUUACGAUCUACGUUUUGAGGAAGAUGGUGUAUUCAGUGAUAGUACAUCCCUCAGUUGCAAACAGAAAAGUUUUGAGUUGGCAAUAUCAAGGUUAUAUGGCGCUGUGAAUCUGAAGGAAGAGUGCAAAAUCCCAUACAAUAUGAUUGAAAUUGGCCAAUACCUUGCUCUAUCAGAUAUUGUCUGUACAGCAACAGACUACAUUGUUAAGAAUAUGAGUAUUUUGAACCUUGCCGAAAACCUGAGCUUUGCCAUAGCUUGUGAGUACGGAUCCGCAAGUCAAAGAAUAAUUGAAAAUGGAAAGGGUAUAUUAUGCGCCAAUGGAUGGGAGCAAGGACCAGAUGCAUGGGAUGGCAUACCAACUACCAUUGCAGCUGAGGUUCUCGGUGAGGACUACUUUUUUGUUCCUACAGAAUGGGAUAGAUGCAUAUUUAUUAUAAAGCUAAUAGAAAGAAGGUUAGAGUCCUCCUGCCUAGAAGAAGAGAUAGAUAAUGUUGCACCUUUGAAAAAAGUACUUAAUGAGAAAAUCCAUUAUUGUCAUAUUCCUCCAGAUCAGCUACAGGAGUUGGAAGAACUCUGCGAUAUCAAUGGUGAGAACUACAUCAAACCUCAUGUUUUGCAUUCCGCUCUAUGGCAGGCAGUUCAAUUGGAGACACUUAUUUCCAGAGCUCAAGAUUCCCCUCACUUGGAUAACGUUAUAACCUGCCCAAGCUCACCUUCGAAAAAUCACAAAUGGUUUAAGGUUCCGUCAAAGGAUGAAACCUUGUCCGGACUUCCAAAAGAAUUGGAUGUAUUGUUAUCACAAAGUCUCUCAGCUACUGCUGUGAACCAGUUGAAUUCGGACGAUAGUAAAACCACACAGGGAGAAAAUAAUAGUUUUGACACUGAUGAGAAAAUGUUUGUUUGGACAAAAAUCCCUCCUUUCAGAUUUUCGAUUUCGUUUGCCAAUGUCUCUGAACUUUCAACAGACAAAAGGGUUUAUGGCAAAACUUUCUGGUAUGCUGGCUCAUAUUGGAACUUGUAUUUACAAAAGAGCCAUAUUCAGUCUAAGAAUAGUUACCAAGUGGGGGUUUAUUUACACAGAGCACACAACGGCUCUUCCAAUUCAUCUUCCAAAAGUGGCCUAAUUAACCCCGACAUAUAUGCGAACAAUGUCAAUUACAAGCUUUCCCCAAAGAAGUACCAGAGACAGGAAAAAAUAUUGUCGUAUCAAACUGUCCCAAUUGAGAGGACCGAACCUAACAGCAAUGAGCUUUACGGAAAUCGGAGCAAUGAGUCCACACUGGAAAGCUUGGGAAUGAACAUGAUAGAUCUGUCAGUAUCCGAUGAUAGUAAGCCAACAGUUGCAAGCUAUGAUAGAACUACCAAAGCUAUGAAACGGAAAUCAAAUGGAAUGAUAAGUUAUGAAGACCAAAGAAAUGCAAUCAAAGUAUAUUUCAUCAUAUUUACACCUUCUCGCCGGGCCAUGCCUACGAUAACCUCCUUUUUGUCUGUUCCAAACGAUUUCAGCAAGUCCCAGAGUUGGGGUUGGAAAAGUAAUAACAUGUGUGUCUUCAACGAAGAUGGAACUUUUGCCGAGGGUCAGGAUUCCAACUUAAAGUUCAUGAUUCUACUAGGAAAUGUAUAA